CCGAGUAUUGUAUGGAGUAAGAAAAUGGGGCCUCCCACCCAAAUGAAAUGGUCCAUCAACAUCGGCACCAAUCGCGCCGAAUCCGCGCGUUGCGGUACCAGAUAUUUUGUGUGAGCUCGUGUGCUGCUGAUUGUUUCUGCCGUUUCGAAGACCAUUUGCUCCCUACCUCGUGUGCAAAAUGACAAGCCAUUGAAGCAUACCAGCUACCCAGCAAAUCCAGAUGGUGCACUUACAUGAAGGAUACCACCACCGCUGCAACUCCUGUGUCUUUGAGAUGGAUAAACUGAUCUGAAGUGCUCACCAGGAUCCAUGCAGGCCAGCGUGUGUUUGAAUUCCAUUUGUGCCCUCAGAGCUUCUCGCGAACGUUCAAGCUGAACACUGCACAUUCCUGCACUCGCACAGCCAAAAGGCCAUUUCAGUGUCCUUCACGCUCUCAGAUCUUCUCACAAGAAAGUUAUUCUAAAGCAACACCUGUGCAUCCACAGAGGUGAGAUGCCAUUUCAUUGCCAUUUAUGCGCUAAAAGCUUCACGGUGAAGUCUACAUUGAAGGAACACCUGUGCAUUCACACAGGAGAGAAGCCAUUUCAGUGCCCUUCGUGCCCUCGAAGGUUCAAACAAAAGAGUACUCUCAAUCGACACCUGCACAUCCACACAGAUGAGAGGCCAUUUCAAUGCCCUUUUUGCCCUCAAGGUUUCUCACGAAAGAGUAUUCUGAACCAACACCUGCACACCCACACAGGCAAGAAGCCAUUUCAAUGCCCUUCAUGCCCUCAAAGCUUCUCACUGAAAAAUUCUCUGAACCAGCACCUGCGCACCCACACAGGAGAGAAGCCAUUCCAUUGCCCUUCGUGCCCGCAGACAUUCUCACAAAAGAGUAAUCUGAACCAGCACCUGCGCACCCACACAGGAGAGAAGCCAUUCCAUUGCCCUUCGUGCCCGCAGACAUUCUCACAAAAGAGUAAUCUGAACCAGCACCUGCGUACCCACACAGGAGAGAAGCCAUUCCAUUGCCCUUUGUGCCCGCAGAGCUUCUCACACAAGAGUAAUCUGAACCAGCACCUGCGUACCCACACAGGUGAGAGGCCAUUUCAAUGCCCUUCGUGCCCUCAAAGCUUCUCACAAAAGAGUAAUCUGAACCAACAUCUGUGCACUCACACAGGUGAGAGGCCAUAUCAGUGCCUUGCAUGCCCUAUGAGCUUCUCACAGAAAAGUGCUCUGAACCGGCACCUGCGCACCCACACAGGCGAGAAACUAUUUCAAUGCCCUUCAUGCCCUCAGAGCUUCUCACUGAAAUAUUCUCUGAACCAGCACCUGCACACCCACACAGGAGAGAAGCCAUUCCAUUGCCCUUCGUGCCCGCAGAGAUUCUCACAAAAGAGUAAUCUGAACCAGCACCUGCGCACCCACACAGGCGAGAAACCAUUUCAAUGCCCUUCAUGCCCUCAGAGCUUCUCACAAAAGGGUCAUCUGAACCGUCACCUGCGCACCCACACAGGAGAGAAGCCAUUUCAAUGCCCUUCGUGCCCUCGGAGCUUCUCACUGAAAUAUUCUCUGAACCAGCACCUGCGCACCCACACAGAAGAGAAGCCAUUUCAAUGCCCUUCGUGCCCUCAGAGCUUCUCGCAAAAGAGUACUCUGAACCAACAUCUGUGCACUCACACAGGUGAGAGGCCAUUUCAAUGCCCUUCGUGCCCUCGGAGCUUCUCACGAAAGAGUACUCUGAACCAACAUCUGUGCACUCACACAGGUGAGAGGCCAUAUCAGUGCCUUGCAUGCCCUAUGAGCUUCUCACAGAAGAGUGCUCUGAACCGGCACCUGCGCACCCACACAGGCGAGAAACCAUUUCAAUGCCCUUCAUGCCCUCAGAGCUUCUCACUGAAAAUUUCUCUGAACCAGCACCUGCGAACCCACACAGGAGAGAAGCCAUACCAAUGCCCUUCGUGCCCUCAGAGCUUCUCACAGAAAACUUCUCUGAACCAGCACCUGCACACCCACACAGGAGAGAAGCCAUUCCAUUGCCCUGCGUGCCCUCGGAGCUUCUCACAAAAGGGUCAUCUGAACCAGCACCUGCGUACCCACACAGGAGAGAAGCUAUAUCAGUGCCCUUUAUGCCCUCAAAGCUUCUCACAAAAGUCAACAUGGAAGGUUCACCUGCACUACCACUGAUGUGAGAGGCUCUUUCAGAGCCCUUCGUGUCGUGAGAACUUCUUGUGGAAGUCUGCGUUAAACCAGCAGCCACGCAUCCACACAGGCGGGCGGUCAUUUCAGUGCCCUGCAUGCCCUCAGCAAUCCUCAAAAGUCCUUACUGAAGGACCACCUGUGCAUCCACUCAGCGAGAGGCCAUGUCAGUGUUCAUGUACUCGGAUGUACUCAUGGAAGUUCGCACUGAACUUCACUUCCACUAAUGUGAGAGGCUGUUUCAGAGUCCUUCAUGUCCUGAGAACUUGUGGAAGUCUGCACUGAACCAACACCUGCUCGUCCACACAGUCUGUAGUGAAGGAUCACCUGUGUAUCCACUCGGGGAGACGCCAUGUCAGGGCUCUUCAUGUCCUCAGUUACUUGCAGAAGUUCACACUGAAUUGACACAUGCACAACCCACAUAUGCGAGAGACCGUUUCAGUGCCACUUCUACCGCCAAACCUUCGGACAUAACAGCCACCUCAAUAGGCACCUCAAUAGUGCACGUGACAUGUGCGGUGCAGCAGCGCUGAGUUGUGUGCACUCCUCAUUGUUCUUUCUAGCUUUUCAUGUUUUCCUUAGUUUUUUCAUGGAAACUCAGCAUGUGUACAUGUGUAGUUCUACACUAGGAUAAACAUAGUAAGUCAUCACUUUUCAUUAUGUUUAAGCUUUUUGUUGCAGACAAUUUCUGCAUUGAAAUGUUUAACUGCUCAUUACUAAACCAGUUGUGAGAGUUCGUUUUGUGCACUAAAUAAAAUUUGGGAUUGGGUUUUAA